CAAUUUUAUCUACUCUCCACUCUUCGAAAAUUCGUGACGGCAAGGAACUCGGAGGAAGAAGAAAGAGAGAGUAACGGCAAGCAAAGUAGUAAUGGCGCAAGCUAUAGCAUCAGUAUCUGGCUUAAGCAGCUUCUCACAGGGUACAAACAGACUGAAUGUGACUACUACUAACAGCCGAACGACCAGAAGUCGUGUUGUUUUCAGCGUUAGAUCUGAGAAGAAGUCAAUGGAGAUGGAAUCGGAGACUGCUCAGAGUAGCCGGAGAGCAUUAUUGGGUGUCCUAGCUGCUGGAUUGACCACUGGAUCUUUCGUAAAGAAUGUGCUUGCUGAUGCUAGGCCUAUCGUAGUCGGCCCCCCUCCUGCUCCUUCCGGUGGUUUACCGGGGACUCUAAACUCUGAUGAAGCAAGGGACCUCGAUCUACCCCUAAAAACAAGGUUUUUCCUACAGCCUAAGACUCCAGCAGAAGCAGCUCAGAGAGUGAAGGAAUCAGCGCAAGACAUUGUAGCUGUGAAGACACAGAUAGACAAAAAGGCAUGGCCGUAUGUCCAGAAUGACCUACGAUCCAAGGCCGAGUAUCUUCGUUAUGAUCUCAAAACUAUCAUCUCUGCAAAACCAAAGGAUGAAAAGAAAUCAUUCAAAGAACUUUCCGACAAGCUCUUCCAAAACAUCAAUAGUCUGGACUAUGCUGCAAAGAAAAAGAGCACACCUGAAGCAGAGAAGUACUAUGCCGAAACAGUGGCAACAUUAAAUGAUGUUCUAGCAAAGAUUGGUUAAGAUACUUGUCAAGAGCUUAACAUCCAUUAUUUUAUUCUUCUUCCUGAUGAAACUGAGUUUAGUCAUCCCCGAACAAGUAUUGCUGUAUUAAUUUUUUUUUUUUUUUUUUUGUAGAAACCUAUUAUAGGGGCUCCAACCAAAAAGUUUUAGGGGCUCCUAUGGAUUCGACUACCCUAAAAAAAGAUAAGGGGACCUAAUGUAUAAUCAAAAAUGCCAAACUAUCCUUAACCA